AGAUGUCAAUUUCUGCCCACAGUCACAUGACUGGCGCUCUCUGGAAUGGAUGGAGAUGGAUCUCCACGUCACCUCACGUCUCAAAAUUUCUGCUCGGCGAUUCAGCUCUUGAAACCCACUAGGGCUCAGCUCGGCACAACGAUGUGAAAGCAGGGACUGCCCUCGUGGAGCGGCCAGACAGAUGAUGGAUUAUGAUGAGAGGGUGCCCGUUGGGUCCAAUAUGUACUUGCCUAGCUGUACUUAUUAUGUUUCGGGAACGGAUUUCUCCACCCUUCCUCCCUUUCUUCCCCAGACCCCGUCUUCUUGUCCCAUGCCCUAUUCGUACCCCUCGUCCAAUCUGCCCCAGGUCCAGUCCGUGAGGGAGGUGACGUUCAGGGACUAUGCCAUUGACCCGUCCGGCAAGUGGCACCAUCACCACCACCACCAUCGGAGCAACAGCGUGCCUCACUGCUACGCGGCGGAGGACGUGGUGCACAGAGACUGCUUGCCCAACAUGGGGGACAUGUUCUCUAAAAGCAGCUCGCUGGUGCACCACUCGGGCUCCAGCCACCCGCCCGGCAUCUACGGCAGCGUGGGACGGAACGGCGUGCUGCCCCAAGCCUUCGACCAGUUUUUCGAAACUGCCUACGGGAACGCAGAGAGCCAAAGCGCCGAGCACGCGGCCAACGGCGCCGCGAGCAAGGCGCCUCCAACGCCAGCCUCGGGGUCCCAUCCCGGCCGCGAAGCGGAGGAGACGGAGCGCCGCGAGGAGACCAGCAGCCCGGAGUCGUCAUCCGGUAACAACGAAGAAAAAUACAACACCAACGCCACUGGACAGAAAACUCGCAAAAAGAGAUGCCCCUACUCCAAGUACCAAAUCAGGGAACUGGAAAGAGAAUUUUUCUUCAGUGUUUACAUCAACAAAGAGAAACGGCUGCAGCUCUCCAGGAUGCUCAACCUCACCGACCGCCAAGUCAAGAUCUGGUUUCAGAACAGGAGAAUGAAAGAAAAGAAGUUAAACAGGGACCGCUUACAGUACUAUUCUACGAACCCUUUGCUGUAGGGGCCCUAGACUCGUCCGUCC